AUGGCCAUUUGUUCCCCAGUUAAAAACCGUACCUCGCCAGCACCCUACAACAGACCUGCUGACCCUCACUCCCUUGCUACCUGGGAGUUCAGUUUCAAAGGACUCGUGGUGGAUCUGGGGGAUGGAAACCUUGUGAAGCUGGCUGAAGAUGGAACCGUCUUACGAGCGACACAUGGAACCAAUGACCUCAGCACGGAAGACAUCAUUAAACAUUAUGGUCCUAAGAGAGAGUGGGGGCAUUUCAACAGCCUCAAUACUACCUUCACAAGAUCCGCAAAAUACUAUUUCUAUGACAACUAUUUUGACCUGCCAGGGGCUCUCCUCUGCGGAAGAGUUGUGGACAUGUUGCAUAAGCGAGGAAACGAGGUGAAUUCCGACUUUUGGAAAGACAUGGUUGCUGCCAUCGACCACAAUUAUAAAACAUCUGCCUUCAAAGAGGAUGCUGGGACGUACUUCCCCAGUAUGAAGAGGGACCCGGGCCGGUACCUGCAGCCCUGCUCAGACUCCGUCAAGACCUGGCUGCGCAGCAUGAAGAGCGCCGGGAAGGUCCUCCUCCUCAUCACCAGCUCCCACAGUGACUACUGCAGGCUGAUCUGUGAACACAUCCUGGGGUAA